UUUGACACCAGGAAAUGACGCAAUGCACGCCUCCGCCUCAGCACUUCACCAAGGUGGCGGCGUGCGGAGCAGGGGUGCGGUAGUCUCGAGUUGUGGGUUAUUUAACGGUGUGGUUGAAAUGGAAGCGAAGAGUCCAGGAGUCGCUGGCUCUGCUAGAAAGCUUGUUUUGAAUAACAGUGCAAGAAAGAUCAAAGACAAUGCAGCAGACUGGCACAACUUCAUUCUGAAAUGGGACAAGUUAAACGAUGCCGGCUUCACGAUCGCAAACAACAUUGUUAACAUUAAGAUCAGCAAAGAGACAGAAAACGAUACAAACUUGCAAGUGGAUUGUGACGGUUCAUCAGUCACCCAGAAAUCUGCCAGUGCGUCCGAACCACACAAAGUGCUGGAGGAAUGUUGCACUGAGCUGCUUGACAUUUUGGACAAAAUGACUCGCCUGGUUUCAAAAAUGGCGAAGCUUUCUUCCACUGUCAAAGGAAUAUGCGUGCUUGAGUCCUUCCAGCACGGAGAGGCAGGCAGGGACCGGCCCCUCUUCCAUACGUGGCCCACAAAGCAGUUUGAUGAAGUUUCCUCAAAGCUGGCCGAGGUCUACCAGCAGGAGCUGCGCCUGAAGCAAGUGAUCGUGCAGGAAGUAGCUCACAGCUCGGAGCAGGACCUCGCCAUGGUCUAUCUGUCAGCCUGGCUCUAUCAGCCCUACAUAGAGGACAGCAGCAGGGCACUGCUAGAGAGCAUGCUGCUGGAGACUGGACACAGACCACUGUAGCAGCCCCAGUGCUGUGGGGUUCAUGUGAGAUUCAGGACAGAAAACAAGUCAUCUUUUAAAAGCAAAAGGUUCACUAGCAGAUGCAGGAAUAGCUGACUUACUGGAUGCAGUAUAGUCUUGAUUACAGAAUAGUACAUUUCUUGCAUUUUAUUUAAAAAAAAAAAAAAGACAUUGCUGUGUGAAAGCAUUGUUUAUUAUUAUUUUUUGUAAACCAUGUUGUUGUUUUAAAUGCCUGCAUUUAUAAGCAUUAAAACACUGGACUGAAUCCCCACUUGAUUUCAAAUGUAAUGGUGUAGUGUUAUGUUCAUUACCUUUACAUUAUUAACAGGGCUUGUUAUCAUGACAUCAGUUUCACAACUAGACAGACAGAUACAGAAACUGAAAAUAAGCUUCUUCUUUAACUCGAUUAAAAAUAAAACUUUAUUUGAGAAA